CUGCUGCCGGCCUCCUGUUCCUUCAACGCCCCGCAACCCCGGGCCCUUCCAGCCCCGCUGAGUCCAGCGCAGGCAGGCAGGCAAGAUGCCGAUUAAUAAAUCUGAGAAGUCGGACAAUUCUGAUAAUGUUAAGGUUGUUGUUCGCUGCCGGCCUUUCAAUGAACGGGAGAAAGCAAUGUGUUACAAGAUGGCAGUUAAUGUCGAUGAAAUGCGAGGCACCAUUACUGUCCACAAAACAGAUUCUUCCAAUGAACCUCCGAAGACAUUUACAUUUGAUACCGUUUUUGGACCAGAGAGCAAACAACUUGAUGUUUAUAAUUUAACUGCAAGGCCAAUUAUUGACUCUGUUCUAGAAGGUUAUAAUGGCACCAUUUUUGCUUAUGGACAAACUGGAACGGGGAAAACGUUUACUAUGGAAGGUGUCCGGGCUGUUCCAGAACUCAGGGGGAUCAUUCCAAAUUCUUUUGCUCAUAUUUUUGGCCACAUUGCAAAAGCAGAAGGUGAUACAAGGUUUUUGGUCAGAGUUUCUUACUUGGAAAUCUACAAUGAGGAAGUGCGAGACCUGCUGGGGAAGGACCAGACACAGAGACUGGAGGUUAAAGAACGACCUGAUGUGGGAGUCUAUAUCAAAGAUCUUUCAGCUUAUGUUGUAAACAAUGCGGAUGACAUGGACAGAAUUAUGACACUUGGUCACAAAAACCGUUCUGUUGGUGCCACUAAUAUGAAUGAGCACAGUUCCCGUUCCCAUGCUAUCUUUACAAUUACAAUUGAGUGCAGUGAGAAGGGUGUUGAUGGGAAUAUACACGUGCGCAUGGGCAAACUGCACUUAGUAGAUCUUGCGGGAUCAGAGAGGCAAGCAAAAACUGGAGCCACUGGGCAACGACUAAAGGAAGCUACCAAAAUCAACCUUUCCCUCUCUACCCUUGGGAAUGUCAUUUCUGCAUUAGUGGAUGGAAAGAGCACUCAUGUGCCUUACCGGAACUCUAAACUGACUCGACUGCUACAGGAUUCCCUUGGAGGCAACUCUAAAACUAUGAUGUGUGCAAACAUUGGUCCAGCAGACUACAAUUAUGACGAGACUAUCAGCACUCUGCGAUAUGCCAACCGUGCCAAGAACAUCAAGAAUAAGGCUAGAAUUAAUGAAGAUCCAAAGGAUGCCUUGCUUCGCCAAUUUCAAAAAGAAAUUGAAGAACUUAAGAAAAAGUUGGAGGAAGGGGAAGAGAUCUCUGGCUCUGAGACGAGUGGCUCUGAAGAUGAUGAUGAAGACGAUGAUGGGGAGAUUGGAGAAGAUGGAGAAAAGCGAAAGAAGCGAAGAGGCAGUAGCAGCAGCAGUAGUUCAGACUCUACAUGCUCUGUCAUAGAGAAACCUCUGGAUAAAUCCUUCACUAAUCAAUCAGGAAAGAAGAAAGUUUCUCCUGACAAGAUGAUAGAGAUGCAAGCGAAGAUUGAUGAAGAAAGGAAGGCUCUUGAAACAAAACUUGAUAUGGAAGAAGAAGAAAGAAACAAGGCCCGGGCAGAGCUGGAGAAGCGGGAGAAAGACCUGCUUAAAGCACAGCAAGAACAUCAGUCUCUGCUGGAGAAGUUGUCAGCCUUGGAAAAGAAAGUGAUCGUGGGCGGUGUGGACUUACUGGCAAAAGCAGAGGAGCAGGAGAAGCUUCUAGAAGAAUCCAACAUGGAGCUGGAAGAGCGCAGGAAAAGAGCAGAGCAGCUCCGGAGGGAGCUUGAAGAGAAAGAGCAAGAGCGCUUGGACAUUGAGGAAAAGUACACCAGCCUUCAGGAGGAAGCACAAGGGAAGACCAAGAAGCUGAAAAAAGUCUGGACAAUGCUAAUGGCAGCCAAGUCAGAGAUGGCAGAUUUGCAACAAGAACACCAGAGAGAAAUUGAAGGCUUAUUGGAGAACAUUCGACAGCUCAGCAGGGAGCUUCGUCUUCAAAUGCUUAUCAUUGACAACUUUAUACCUCAGGAUUAUCAGGAAAUGAUUGAAAACUACGUUCACUGGAAUGAAGAUAUUGGAGAAUGGCAGCUGAAAUGUGUGGCAUAUACCGGAAAUAAUAUGAGAAAACAGACUCCCGUGCCAGAUAAAAAGGAAAAAGAUCCCUUUGAGGUGGACCUUUCCCAUGUAUAUCUAGCUUAUACAGAAGAGAGCCUGAGACAGUCUUUGUUGAAACUAGAGAGACCAAGGACUUCCAAAGGCCGAUCAAGACCCAAAACUGGCAGAAGAAAACGUUCUGCCAAAUCAGGUGCUGUGAUCGAGUCGUUGCUCCAGUAGACUCUGACAGUGGUGGGACUGCAAUAAAGAUUAGUGUGUGGCUUAAUACUUGGCCCAAAUAUGCAGAUUCUCGUUUCUGGAGAUCGCAGAAGAGUUUUGAUGUUUGGUUGACACAGAAGUAGCUAUAAAGGGCUACACUUGUGUCUUGGAGACAACAAAAGAUACAUUUGUUUCCCUUGAUUUGCUUUUAUGUCAUCUGUUACAUGUAUAAUAUGUUCAAUCUAAACUAGAUUGUGACUAUAAAUUUGUCAAUGUUACUAAUCCUGUUUCAGGCAGAAUGCAGGUGAAGCUGUUGAGGAUAUAUGGUGUGUUUAAAAUGCACUGAAUUGACUGGAAAAGGUUUUGUGUAUGACUGAUUUUUAACCAGAAUAGCCCUGUUGUGAGUAGAUAACCAGGAUUCCACAUCCUGAUAGACCUGUUUUGCUUCCAUUUGCCUCUUGUUUUGUUCUGCCUUUGCGCCAUUGCAGACUUAUUCUGGUAGCUGCAAGUUCUUGGGAUGCUCUGGAUCCCCUUCUUCCUUAAGUAUCCCCUACCACAUAUGUGCAAAUAACUUAUCAAUUUCUUCAGCAUGUACUUCAUGUGCAUAGACUUUUCUCCAUAUUGUUAUACAAAGAUGGACUGUUGUAGACCUUAGGUGGUGAUGGGACGUGUUUUGGUUUAGAGGGCAAAGACUGAGAAAUCCUUUAGGCUGAAGUUGCAGAAUGCAUUCUACAUCAAGUGCCCACCACUUGAUUAUUUCCCCCAGCAUUUGCAUCAGUUACUAGCACUACUCAUUCUCCCCAUCUGAUGCCAUUUCUAUUCUGAGUGGACAUUGUCAUCUCUCACUCUCUUUUUACUGUUGAAUCUUUCAUCACCCUUAAAUUAGGUUGCGAUGACUUUCAGUGAGAACAGUCGCUGUUGGAUAGCUGUGGCAGACUGAACUGAAAAAUGAAAUCCUGUGACAUUAU